AUGGGAAGUGGACAAAGCAAUCAAAACUAACUUAACAAUCAGAAUCAUCAAAGCUCUCAAAACAAUCAAGAACAUGUACCAGAAUAGCAAACUUUAAUUAAUUCAAGUGUUGCCCUGAGAUCUCAAGCACUGAAAAAAAGAAUGAUUUCUUAAGAUGAUGACGAUGAUGAUGAGGAUGAUGAUGAGGAAGAGGAACAAGACUCUAAUGAGGAUAGUGAGAAUGAAGAAUAAUAGUUUGAAGUAAAAGCCUAUUUAGAGAGUAGUCUAAAAAGAAAGAAGAAUAUGUUUUAGGUGAUAAAUUAGUCGAAAACAAAUCGAUGUAUUCGGGUUAUCUUCUAAAUAGAAUUUAAUUACUUGCAAUUAAAAAGAUAGCCCUAAACAAUAAAGAGAAUUUCAAGAUUAUUAAAUACAAUUUGCAAUAGCUCGCCAAUCUGAGACAUUAAAACAUAGAACCCAUUAUCAGUUGGAAUUUUGAAAAUAGCAAUAAUAAGAAAAAUUAUUACCUAAAUGUCUAUUCCAAUUUUGAGUCCAAUGGCUCUUUACAAUCUAUAAUUUCUAAAUACUGUAAAUUUUCAUAAGAACUUGUUUUGACAAUAUUCCAAUCAAUAUUAAAAGCCCUCGAUUAUUUGCAUUGUUAAAACAAAUUGCAUAGGUACUUAAUCAGUUUUUAUUUUAUUAGAAAUCUAAAGACCUCAAACGUCUUAGUGGAUCAAGAAGGAACAAUCUUGAUAUCUGAUAUCUUGAUCUAGAGUUAAUAUACUUUAUCAAACUACAGUGCUCCAGAAGCUUUUGCAUACGCUGACUAUUCUGAGGCAUCAGAUAUUUGGAGUGCAGGAUGCAUUGUUUACGAACUCAUAACAAAAAGAUAACCGUGGCAAACAGAUGAAAGAGUCCUCUCAAUUCAAGAAAUUAAAAGGAAAUAUUCUUAAAAUUGUAAUCUUUGAACUCAUAUUUAUUUUAGAACUAUUCUUAAAUGAAAAGGAAAGUAUCUAAAAAAAUUUACUACUUAUCUUACAAUAGAUAUUUUCAUUUAAUCCUUAAGAAAGACCGUCUGCAAGUCAACUUCUUAAAAAUUCAAUAUUUCAGGAAAAUUCAUAAAACAAAUUCAAAUAGAUUGUUAAAUAAUCAUCUUCGAAGGAAAUGUAAAAAAAACCACAAUAACAGAUUAUGUCGUUAAUUUAAAAUUUUGAAAACAAUAACAAUGCAAAGACUCCUAAACCAUUUUAAUUUGUUAAAAUGAUAAAAAAGGAGGAUGAUGAAACUUAAUUUCAUAUAAAAGAAUGUGUUUUUAGUAUUCUAUCAAAUACAUUAAAAGAGUUCACUGUUUAAAAUAAUAGUAGUUAAUUCUCUAUAACAAAAGUAUGAUAAUUCACUAAAUUUUAGAAUAAUUUCUAGAGUUUGUGUUCUAAAUAAGGCAAAUUUGGUAUGAAUCUCAUUCAAUAACAAUUAUGCCAAAAUAAAUAGUCUUCUAGAGUCCAGGAAGCUUAAAAUUUAUUAUAAUUUGUAUCUCAAAUGAAAACUGCCAUUAACUUUCAGGGAAGCAAUCUUGAAAGUUAAAAUUCUGUGUCUGACAAAAAUUUUGAUUUAAAAAGUGUUUAAAGACAUAAUCUAAUUCUAUAGAGUGAAUAAUCUGUGAAGUUGGAGAAUCAAUAAAUAAAAGAUUCAUCAUAGAUUUAAGAUUAAAAAGAUAUAAAACAAAUAACCGAAUAAAUUUAAAAGGUUGAUUUGAUAGAUCCUUAAACAGAGACAGUGAAUCAUUAAAAGAAAAAUAUCUUAGAAUCUGAACAGAUAUUCUUUGAUGGAGACUUUGUCUUUAUACUAUGA